AUGGAUCCCCCAGACGCCCUGCUGCGCGAGCGCCUGCGCGCCCUGUUGGACCAGCGCCAACAUCCGAAGACCAUCUGCCCGUCGGAAGUUGCCCGCUCGCUAACUGCGCAAGACCUGGCCGACUUAGGGGCGGACGGUUGGCGCGAUCUGAUGCCAGUCAUCCGGAUCCUCGUCUUCGAAGCGAGAGCUGCAAGCGAGGUCGAGAUCCUUCAGCGCGGCGCAAUCAUCGGCCAAGAAGUGCCGGCCGACACCAUCAGGGGGCCGAUUCGAGUCCGCAAGCUUCGAGAGUCAGAGACCGAUUGA